AUGAUUUUAUACAGCGAUCAGGGUGUUUACACGGUUAUUCCACCAACAAUAUGUGGUUUAGAAGUUAAGGUAAGUCUCAAACUACACUCUAGUCACCCGAAAUCUCCCUAAUUCUUUCAGAUUUUUGCGAUUUGCCUUCUUCUCCUGGACACUUUUGGAUUUUUGACAUUUUGGUGCAAUUCAAAUGGGGUUUUGGCCUAUAUUUUUGCGGUUUUGAUGAUUUUGAACUUGGGUCCCUUGGGAUUUGUGUUGGUUUAUUGGAAGCAGAAGUUUCCUGCAAUUUUUAUGCAUUUCAUGGAGACCUUAUUGUAUUUGAUUUUGGUGGCGAUUGUUUUCGCGUUUGUCGAGUUUGAUGUACAUGGUGAGAUUUUGAAGCUGAAAUUCCACGUUUUUGAGCAAAAAUCUGAAAAUUUCAAGCUUAGUCUCAAAAAAUCCCAAUUUUUUUGCAGUUUGCCCACAUAAUCGUUGUCAACGGAUCUCGGAAAUGCUCGAAAUCUACGGAGAAAAAAUCAAUUAUGGCUGGUUCUACACAUUUUGCAUUUUCACAGUGAUAAGUAGGUUUCGCGCGCAAAAAAAUCGAUUUUUACCUCAAAAACGUUUCAGCUCAUUGUUCGAUGCUGUUGUGCUCUUGGAAAUUGAUGAAAUUUGCGGCCGCCAAAACCGAACUUCGAAAAAUAUCCAGAGAUAUGGAAAGACGACGAUUGAAUGAUAUUUUGUGA